UACAAGUAGCUGGGGAGGCUCGACUUGGCUUGCUGGAAGUCUCUUUCAGGUAAUUAUCAAAGAUUUGGAGCCGUCCUCAGGAAGGAAGAAGCCAGGGCACAGAAGCUCUGUGCGGUGGCUAGGCAUCUUGUUGUGGACUCCGAGCAACAGCAGUUUCCACUACCAGUUCCGCCGAGUUUGUAUCGGGUACAGGCGAUCAUCGGUGUCGCGGGCGUCGGAGUCGUAUCGGUAAUAGUGAAGGUGCGCUGCUCGACAACUACUUCGCGGAGACUCGUUUGUGUGCUCCUGGUUAAUUCAGUAGUUAGAUACCGUGGCUAUCGAAGGCUUGACCGACCUUUCUGACGGCUCAAGCCUGGAGCUACUCAGUGGUCACGACUCGCCUCACUGGUGAGCGCGAUUGCUGAUAGAUUGGUCCAUCUACGAGGUAGAAAGCCGGCUCGGUAGUGCCAGUGUACGGCAGCAGGGAUCUCCAGCUGCACGGUCUCGCUAACCUCGAUCCAGCUUGAUAAUGGACUUCACUAGGAAGGAUGCAGGCUGGACGGUACCGAAACGCUACAACACUGAUGUCCUCCUGGGCAACUGGUAUGAGAACCGUAUGGAGUUCACUCGGGGCGCCCACUCGGACGUCAACUCGUCCUAUCGUACCGUCUUUCUCCCAAGUAGCAGUAUGGGGGAGGAUGUGCAAGCAGCCAGGGAGAAGCGUCUUGGGGGCCUCCUUCGCAAUGAUGGCAUACCGGCGAAAAACUUGACACACCACCAUGGUGAGAAGUUUGUGGACGGUCUCGCCGUGACCUCGUACGACCAGGACUUUGCGCGCAGUGCUGGCACAGCUCAGACCCGCUCCUGGGACAAGUGGCAUUCUGAGUGGAGGCCGGAACGGUCAGAUCUACUGAACGCAGGGACGCCAACACAAACCGGUGCUUUCGACAAGAUGAAGGCAAAGUGGAAGAAGCAGGCGCUGGAGGAAGGCAGGACCGACUACUGUACAACCAAGCAGCUCAGCUACACGUCCCCGGAUGCAAGUGCGUUCACCAGCAAGCGCUACGCCACGCCGCGGAUGUGGUCGACUCACCUGCACCCCCACGUCCAGAACAAUGAUCUCAAUCUCCGAGGCCAGGCGAACGGCGUGAUCGUAGAAAGGUUUCAACUGGCCGACUCCACUGGUGCAAACAUCGCCGUAGCACCCGUGGAUUAAUGGCCACAACUCCUCUGGAUGUAAUUGUUACAUGGUUGCUGCAUGCGGACAGUAUGGGAACAAUCAUGAAUGACUGUGAUGUUCCUAUACUGCCGAGUGCUGGGUACCGGCUCAAGCGACUCUGUGCAAAAUGGAUGCGCACACGCUGCUUUGUCUAUUGACUUUGAACUGACUUGCGAGAACUGAAAUGCCCAAAGUUCGUCAGGACCCCAUGAAGACAGAUAACAGAGAUAUACAGUCAUGUCUUGAAGAAAGAUGGUCUGAGUACAUAACAAGCAUGUGUGCAUGGACAUAAUGCAAGUAUGUCUUGGCGAUUUCAAGUACAUGUAGGUACCUGUACUUGUGUACGUGUAACGGUGUUGUAGUCUCCCUUA